AUGGCUUGCUGGAAAGAGGUCGAGCUUGGUUCAAUGUCGAAAGUUCAAGAGACGCUGUCUUCUCAUAGUUGUGGCUCGUGUUUGGUCGACAAGACUGAAACUGUUCAUAUUAACCCCGAUGUCGAGAGCCCCUACACCCCUCAGCCGCUAUGGUUCAAAAUGAGAGAGUAUUGUCGUGAUGCGACAUCAGAGUUCUUUGGGACCAUGAUCUUGAUUUUGUUUGGCGAUGGUGUCGUGGCUCAGGUGCUCCUCAGUCAUGGACAGAAGGGUGAUUACCAGUCUAUCUCUUGGGGAUGGGGACUCGGUGUCAUGCUCGGGGUCUAUGUCAGCGGUGCAUCCGGUGGCUACAUCAACCCAGCUGUGACGUUUGCAUGCUGUGUCUUUCGCGGCUUUCCGUGGCGCAAGUUCCCCGUGUACGCUUUGUCGCAAAUACUCGGGGCCAUGGCAGGCUCUGCCAUCGUUUACGGCAACUACAAAUCCGCGAUCAAUGCCUACGAGGGCGGACCCAAUAUCCGAACAGUCCCCGGGUACUCGACGACAGCAACAGCCGGUAUUUUCUGCUGCUACCCGGCCGAGUUCAUGACAAGGACGGGUCAAUUCUUCUCUGAAUUCAUUGCGAGUACGGUCCUCAUGUUCAUGAUAUUCGCCCUCAAAGACGAAGGCAAUCUUGGUGCCGGACCAUUGAUGCCUCUUGCGUUAUUCUUUGUUGUUUUUGGCAUCGGCGCUUGCUUCGGGUGGGAGACCGGGUACGCAAUCAAUCCUGCUCGAGAUUUCGGCCCUCGGCUCACCUCUUACAUGAUUGGAUAUGGACAUGAAGUAUGGGCGGCAGGGAACUAUUUUUUCUGGGUUCCUAUGGUUGCACCGAUCCUGGGCUGUACCUUCGGUGGGUGGAUCUAUGAUCUUUUUCUGUAUACUGGCAUGGAUAGCCCGAUUCAUACGCCUUGGAUGGGAAUCAAAAGAUUAUUGGGGCCCUUUCAUCAAAGGCGAGUUGCACUACAGAGCCCCGUCUGA